UCCUUCUCUGGGAGAUUUCAUCACACAAAAUUCCGUUCGGCGACAUCGAUAAUCCUAUAAAAGUUGCCGAAAAGGUUAUAAAAGGAGAACGCCCCGGUCCGUUUUCAGUUGACACGCCACCACAAUAUAAUGAUUUGGUUGAGAAAGCCUGGCACGAAAACCCCAGGAAACGCCUAGCAAUUGGUGAUGUACGAAAUCAAAUUAAAAAAACGAUGAAAAGAGGAAGGGCCAUAUCAACUCGAAGCGAUGCUUCGUCUUCCAUAACAUCUUAUGUGUCGGAUGACAUUAAAAAUGUGCCAUUAAAUAACUCGCCACUCCAAAAAUCAGCGGAACACGGCCA